AUGGUCGCCGCCGUUUCUUCCCGGAGUCGGCCGUCCGGCACCGCGACGAAAUCAUUGCAGCCACCGACAAAAAGAGCCAAGCUCUCACAGCAACCGUCCGAGCAACCGUCGAGUGGAUUGGAGGGCAUACUAUCAGGGGCAGGCAGAGGGCAGAAGUUGACGGCGGUCGCAAUAAACGGUGUCAAGCGUUCUGGCAAGAAUAAUGUGGAUGAGUCGCGUGCCGUGGUGGGGAGGGGAGAGCAGAGUAAUGGUGACGUCGACAUGCAAGACGUCAACGGGGGAGAGGUGGUGGAGAUUUCGAGUGACAAAGAGGAGGACGAGAGCGACUACGAAAGCUCCGCUGACGAACAAGCGGAGGCUGGGGCUGCCGAACGCCCCGCCGCCCAUUCGAGCGAUGUCCCCGUAAAAGACACAGAGAUGGCGGACGGCGAUGUGGAGGGGACGGAAGAGCCUGCGGACAUUGCCGGUGCUGCGGAACCCGAGGAGCCAUCAUUUGGAGAAAUGCUGCAAGCAAAUGCCCCUGAACAUAUCGACAUCGAGGCUUCAUUCGCAGACCCUACUGCGCGGUCGAAGGAGCUAGUGCCCACUGUCGGCACCCGAACACUUACUGCACCGUCUGCUACAUCUCUGGGCACGGUCCUGACACAGGCUCUCAAAACAAACGACAGACAACUGCUCGAGAGCUGCUUCGAGAUGAAUGAUUUAGACAGCGUACGCUCGACCAUUGAAAGACUACCAUCGCCACUCGUGUCGAACCUUUUACAGAGACUUGCCGAACGCUUACACAACAGACCAGGGCGUGCGGGCAACCUGUUAAUAUGGGUUCAGUGGUCGCUAGUCUCGCAUGGUGGCUAUCUGGCAAGUCAACAAGAUGUCGUGCGCAGGCUUGGUAGCUUGAACCGAGUUAUCAAGGAGCGCGCCAGCGGACUACAGCCUCUGCUUACAUUGAAGGGCAAACUGGACAUGCUGUCGGCGCAGAUGGAACUGCGAAGAAGUAUGCAACGGUCCGCAGCAGUUGAUGAGGAAGACGAUGACGAAGGAGUAAUCUACGUGGAGGGAGAAGACGAGGAGUCAGAUGAGGCUGAGGUGGAGGUUCCUCAACCCGCAAAAGCGAACAAUGGUGGCGUUCCACCACCUAAGGUGUUAGGCAAGGGAGGUCGACUCAGAGAUUUUGAACGUGUGGGCGAGAGUGAAAGUUCUGGGGAUGAAGGGGAAGACAUGCCAACCACAGUCAGUGGAUUGGACCAGGACGUUAAUGAGGAUGACGACGAGAGCGAGGAUGAAAAUGAAAUGCUGGAUGAUGAAGCAGAAGAGACGGAGAAUGAUACUGGAGAUGAAACAUCCGAUGAGGACGAGCUCGACGGAGAAGAUCUCGACGGUGGAGAAGACCUAUCUGAGAGCGAGGCAGAGGUGAUACGGCCGGCGAAACGCUCCACAGCUGCUCUCCGGUCUGGAUUUGGAAGAAAAUGA